AUGGACGAUUGGAAAUCCCUUGACCCACGCUCGCUGCCGCACCGCCGGACUACCUCGUUGAAGAGGAGGCCUUGGGCUGCGAUCUUGCUACUCGGGGCAUCCGGCUUCCUUGCGUGGAGAACAUGGUCAUCAACUGGAUCUUCAAGGCCAGCGCCAGAGGAGCCAGGGCCUACACCGAGUGGGUCCGAGUCGCCCUUCAGCUGGGACGAGAUUGACCCCUCGCCCGUGCUGGAGUAUCAGGACUGCGGCGAUGGCUUCCAGUGUGCACGCCUGCAAGUGCCUAUGGAUUAUAAUCGCACCGAGACGGACGAUCGAACAUUUUCGCUCGCGAUAGUCCGUAUCCCGGCCAAGGUGCCUGUUUCCGAUGCCCGCUACGGCGGCGCUGUUUUGAUUAACCCCGGUGGCCCUGGUGGCUCUGGAACAUUAUCAGCUUUGCUAUCCGGUCGUAAUCUACAGACCAUCGUUGAUGCAGAGAACGAUCCGUACAAAGCCGCUUUUGACGAAAAUGAUAGGUAUUUCGAUAUAAUUGGAUUCGAUCCGCGUGGUGUUGGUGCAACCACGCCUGCAGUGAUGUGUUUCCCCGACCCUACGUCUCAAAAGGAGUGGGAGUUGCAGUUGGAAGCAGAGGGGAUGCUGGGCAGUUGUCCCAAUGCCCUGCAAAGAAACUGGCAGCGGAUGCAGGCCUUGAACCAAGGUUGUUCAGUUUUUGAUAUGAACGCCGGCGCUGAGGCGUGGGGUAAUGAUCCUAUGCUCUCUUAUCUUAAUACCCGCCUCGUUGCCCAGGACUUGGUCACCAUCAUCGAGCGCCAAGGCGAGUGGCGCGAGAAACAGGGCCAAAAGGCACAGGUUUCUUAUGACAACUGCCAUGGUGUGGAUGAGUCGCGCGCUAUUCUGAGACGCACGCAAUGGCGUGUGGAUAAAGAGCCUCUAUUAUAUUGGGGCCGAUCUUACGGCACCGUUCUCGGCGCGACCUUUGCGGCAUUAUUCCCGAAUCGAAUUUCCCGAGCGCUGCUGGAUGGCGUCGUGGAUAUGGAUAAAUAUUACGAAGGGAGGGGACCGAAUGCGAUCGCGGAUGCGGAUGCCAUCUUUGACAAAUUCGGUCAAUAUUGUGAUGUUGCUGGGCCGGAUGGUUGUCCUUUCUACGUUGAAGGCGGGCCUGAGGCUAUCAAGGAUGCGUACUGGGCACUUGAGAACCAGAUCUUGAAUAAUUCCAUUCCGGUUAUGGCUUCUCAUUCUCACGGGCCCGAGGUCGUGACCUGGACCGACUUGAAAGCCAUCCUCCGCGUCUCCAUGUACCAGCCCCUCCUUGCGUUCCACACCUUUGCAACUCUUAUGGGAUCGCUUUCGAGUGGGGACCCGGAGCCUAUGGCUGUUUUCAAGCAUAGCAGGCAUGUCGAAAGCUGUCCAUCGAAGGCGUGUAAAAUCGCUGGUCCUUGGUCUCCGGAGUGUAGCCUGGGGCAAGAUAACACCUUGUACGCUAGUGCGGCUAUUCUUUGCUCUGACGCUAGUUUCAUGACACAUCAUGAUCAAGAGAGUUUUGAGGAAGUCUGGACCCAGCUCAAGUCUGAAAGUGCUACUCUUGGCGACUACUGGGCUCAGUUACAAAUUGCUUGUGUGGGGUGGCAAGCUAAGGCCAAGUACGAGUUCACAGGGCCUUGGGGCGGUGUCACGGCGCAUCCUAUACUGUUUGUAUCUAAUAAACUGGACCCAGUUACGCCUCUCCGCAGUGCGCAACACAUGUCCAAAAAAUUCCCUGGAUCGGCAGUUCUUGAGCAAAAUUCAGAAGGCCAUACCACGGUUGCAGCACCUUCGCUUUGCGUAGCCAAGGCAAUCCGAAACUAUUUCCAGACUGGUGUUCUCCCGGUCGCAGGAACUAUUUGUGAGGCUGAUUUAAAGCCGUUAGUGGGUGCGCCAGAUGGCAUCCAUAGUCUCGGCAAAGAUCUGAGUCCCGGGGACCGCAAAUUGUUGGAUGCAUCACUAGCGGAAGCGAUGCGAGGUCACUUCCCACAUCUAUCGUUCGACUGGAAUCUGUCCUAA